GUGGAGAAGACCACCGACUUUCCCUCUGCUGAGUUCUCUCUCGUAGAGGAUGUCGCCCUUCACUUCACUUGCUUGAUGGACCGCCUGAAUGAGCAGCGCCUCUUCCAGCCUGACCUCUGCGACGUAGAUAUUGUGCUCGUGCACCAUCACAGCACCUUCCCGGCCCACAAGGGUGUUCUGGCCGCCUAUAGCCCCUUUUUCCACUCACUGUUCGCACGUAGUAAGCAGCUGCGUCGCGUGGACCUGUCGCUGGACGCUCUGACGUCUCAGGGCCUGCAGCAGGUUCUCAACUUCAUUUACACAUCCAAGCUUUUAGUGAGCAGUCGUACGGUCAGCGACGUGCUCAACGCGGCCACGUUGCUGCAGAUGAGCGACAUCGCCGCUUCGUGUCGACAGCUCAUCAGCAGCCGGUCUCUGAGAAGCGCCGACAUGAACGACCGGGACGGAUGCGGGAAUGCAUCGGGGAAGCUUUACAAGGAAAUCAAACAAGAGUGCGAUGAGGACUCCAAGAUAUCUGAUCCUCACGCAACUUUCAACAAAGAUCAAAUCAUCGUGGAAGUCAACCUCAACAACCAAACACUGAAUGUGUCCAAGGGCUCUGAAGGAAACAAAGAGGCAAAAGUGAUUUGCGGAUGUGUCGGUAGUGAGUCGGAAGAUGACGAAGCUGAGAAUGACCUGGAAAAAGAAACGGACAAGUUAGAGCAGAGCACUGAUGAAGAGGAGGAGAAUGUCCUCGACGUUCCAACAGUUGAAUCGGAAUCAGGGCGUCCUCGCAGGGCCCUCGCUGUGUCUGUGACGCUCGCCCGUCAGCGUUCAGGGGACGGCGAGGGCGUUGGCUCCAAGGCGAGGCUGGAGGAGAAGCAGCAGUUCUCGUGCAAGAAGUGCCCGCGUGUCUUCAACAACCACUGGUACCUAGAAAAGCACACGAGCGCUGCACACAGCCGCUCGCACGCUUGCACCAGCUGCAGCAAGAAGUUCCUCCUGGAGAGUGAGUUACUGCUACACCAGCAGACCAACUGCGAAAAAAGCAUCCAGUGCGGGGUGUGCAGCAAGGUCUUCAAGAAGCUGUGGUCUCUGCACGAGCACAACAAGGUGGUCCACGGCUACGCUGAAAAAAGGUUCUCCUGCGAGAUCUGUGACAAGAGAUUUUACACCAUGGCGCAUGUCCGCAAGCACAUGGUCGCACAUACAAAGGACAUGCCAUUCACCUGCGAGACAUGCGGGAAGUCAUUCAAGCGCAGUAUGUCUUUGAAGGUGCACUCUUUGCAGCAUUCCGGAGAGAAGCCCUUCAAGUGUGAGAACUGCAACGAACGUUUCCAGUACAAAUACCAGCUACGCUCGCACAUGAGCAUCCACAUUGGACACAAACAGUUUAUGUGCCAGUGGUGCGGCAAGGACUUCAACAUGAAGCAGUACUUUGAUGAACACAUGAAAACACACACUGGAGAGAAGCCGUAUAUCUGUGAGAUCUGUGGGAAGAGCUUCACGAGCCGGCCCAACAUGAAGCGCCACCGCCGCACCCAUACGGGGGAGAAGCCAUACCCGUGCGAGGUGUGCGGUCAGCGUUUCCGCUUUUCCAAUAUGCUCAAGGCACACCGAGAAAAGUGCUUCCGGGUCAGCCAGCCGACGGACAACCCGUUCGACUCGUCCGGCGCAAUGCAGCCAGAGCGGACACCAGAGCAGCAGCCAGAACAGAUGCCGUCUGGCACCUCGCAGCCAUCCAUGCUUCCCCCUCCUCCAACACAAAUACCGCCUCUUCCACCUCCUUCCUUCUUCUCCGGCAAUAGGAUGAAUUCUGACGUCUGA